UGCAAAACGGGUGAGUUAAUGCCAAAACAACUUCCAAGUGUGCCUCGCCAGGAGGGCACAUAGGUACUGAGGAGGACCCAGCCCUGAAACGAAGAAGCAAAGUAAAAACAAAUCCACAGGGGACAGAGUGAAAGAGGGAGAGACAGAAAGGGCAGGUCAACAUAGAGCAGGGGUGUCAAGCAUAGGGGCCGCGGGCCGAAUCAGGCCCACAAACGGGUUUUUAAAAAUACGGGUUUAAUCCGGCCCGCAAGAUGAUUUUGUAAAGUAUAAACUUCGGAACAGAUUUUCCUCGAUGUGGCCCCUGAGCUAAAAUGAGUUUGACACCUCUUGCAUAGAGGAAGCAGGGACCAUGACAAAAACUGACUCAACUGACAAACCGUAACUUAAGAAAGAAAGACAGCAAAGCAGGAAACUUAAACCUCCGGAUGUUGUGAAAAAUGUAAGAAAGAAAGGUAGAUAAGGAAGUUAUGGAUUAGUUCCUGCAUUUACUAACUAUAUGCCUUUGUCAUACCACAGCAAAAUAAGUUUGUUCUUAAAUACGAAUCUGACAUGGAUUGUGAAAAUGGAGCUGAUACUUCGACCAGAAAAAGAAAACUCUGCAGACUGGUUGUUUUGAGCUUUGCACUUCUGUGUAUUCUUCAAGCUACACUCAACAUUUCACUGCGACUGGCUUUUUACAGUUCUGAUACAACAACAACACCAGAUUGUGAGGCCAUUAUUAAAAACUUGACUAAACAACAAGACAUGAAAAUGAAUGAAUUAGCUUGCUAUAUCCAACAAGGAUGGUUAUACUUCAACCACAGUUUAUAUUACGUUUCAUCUACUACAAACACCUGGAAUGACAGCAGAGAGGACUGUCUGCAGAGAGCGGCAGACCUGGUGAUUAUCAACAGCAGAGAGGAACAGAACUUCAUAAGAGAGUUUAAAAAACGGACAUGGAUUGGACUGACUGACGCAGAAGAAGAACAGACAUGGAAAUGGGUGGAUGGGACUACACUUACCAUCAGUUUCUGGGACACUGACGAGCCCAACGGUGCUGGUGGAGAUGAAGAUUGUGGAGAAAUCUAUUUCCCUGAAACAGAAAACUCCUGGAAUGAUGAAUCUUGUGACACAAAAAAUGUCUGGAUUUGUGGAAAAAAAAAAUGUAGAGAUAAUUUAACCCACCGGAAAAUAAUAAGAUAGAAAAUCAUGACAAUAAUAUCACCAUUCAUUUCAGGUAGUCAGCUGAUUUUAAGUGAAAGCAGAGAGGCAGAAGAAAAGACAACCAACAUAAUACUUUGUUUAUAAAGUUGGUGUGCAGGCUGUUAUCUGUAUGUCAUAUAAUCUCUUGAGCUGAAGCUUCUCCAGCUUUGCUCAACAUAUUCCAGAAAAAAACCUGAGCGCCAUGAACAUGCGGACUGAUCUGUGCGAGGGAGGAGGAAGGUAGUGACGUGGUAUUUCAAACCAUAUUGUUUUAUCCUUUUGCCGUGAGUAGUUUAAUUUCCAGCUUACUUAGUUUUUCUAAUUUAAGACAACUCAAAUGACCUCAGUUGAUCAGCUUUUUGAAUGAAAAGUACUAGUAACUUACUUAAACUGAGUUCUUAAAACAAGUUGAUAAAAACUCUGUCUACUUAAUAUUUUUAAUUAAACACAAUAUUGGAUUCAGAAUUUAGAUAAUCUUCAAAUUUCCAUUAAAAAAAUAUAUAUCUUUACCUAAAUGUGAAUGGAUUUUCCCACAAUUAAACAAAUAUGUAGGACUGCUUUCUUCCAUUUGCCUAAUAUCACUAAAAUUAAAAAACAUCUGGUCUCAAAGUGACACUGAAAAAUUCUAUUCUAUAGAGUCUAGUGUCCUAGUUUAGGUUUUUGCAUUCUCUUUUUAGUGUUUUGAGUAUUUAGUAGGUUCUCCCCCUGUGUCCCCCUCCGUGUAUUUUGAGUUCCCAUGACUCGUUUCGCCUCCUUGUGUUUUAUUUCCAUGUUUUUCCCAGCCCGUUAUCUGUGCUCUCCUCGUGUUCUCUCUCCCCCUCGGGUCUGCGUCUCUGUGUACUUCCUGUUUUACUUUGAUAGUCUCUCGUCAGUGUACGUCCUGUUGUGUUUUCUCCUGCCCUGUCUCGAUAAGAUUAUCAGUGUCACCUGUGUUCCCCGUGUGCUCCCACGUCCCUCGUUAUCCUUCUGUGUAUUUAUGUCUGUGUCUCCCUCAGUUCUGUGUUGCGUCCUCCCUCAUAGCUGUGUUAUUCUCCCUAUGUCUCUUUGUGCAUAUUAUAAUUAGUUUUUCCCAGUUUAAUUUUGUAUUGUUUAUGUCGCCUGUUUCACAGCAAUAAAGCUGUGCUUUUGAGUUUAA